CCAGGACCACCGCUCAGGACCACCGUUCUAGGGGUGGUGGACGUGGGCGGCUCCGGCAUGAGUUCGGGGGCCGCUCCGCGACUGCGGGCGCUCCAGCGACACCUGGGCUCCUCGGAGGGCAGAGCCAUGGAGCUGGUCAGCAGCCCGCUGACCACGCAUGUGCUGGACACGGCCUCAGGGCUCCCGGCCCAGGGCCUCUGCCUCCGUCUGUCCAGGCUCGAGGACCAUGGCCAGCAGUGGAUGGAGCUGAGAAAAAGCUACACCGACUCGGAUGGCCGCUGCCCGGGGCUCCUGCCAGCAGGCCCGAUGAAGGCAGGCACCUACAAGCUGUCCUUUGACACUGAGGGCUACUGGAAGAAGAGGGGGCAGGAGAGCUUCUACCCGUAUGUGGAGGUCGUUUUCACCAUCACCAACGAGACCCACAGGUUCCAUGUGCCCCUGCUGCUGAGCCCGUGGUCCUACACCACGUAUCGAGGAAGCUAGUGGCUGAGCCAUCGCCUCCUCUGGACAACUGCUGGCCUGUGAGCAUCAAUCCCAUCCCCACAGCUCACUGGGACACCUCAACAGAGGGCACCAGUUCACACUCCCUGCGGGAGAUUCUGGCCCCCCAAUUUCCAGUAGCCGCCGAGUCUCAGGCAUCAAUAAAGUCAGUGCUGGCAUCUGCAA